UUGUGCCCAUUCCAGAAGAUGGAGUGUGUUUCUCUCCCACCGCUGUCCACUUUUGCCGUUUGUGGGGGCACCCAUGGAAACGAGAUGACAGGGGUGUACGCCGUGAGGGAAAUGGAGAAACACACGGCAAAAAAGAAGGGAUCUGUCUCCAUCACUGCUGUCCUGGCAAAUCCACGAGCUGUUGAUGCCUGCAGAAGAUACACAGAUACCGACCUCAACCGCUGUUUUACAGACGCUUUGUUGAGUUCUCCCAUAACAGAUUCAUCACCCUAUGAGCUCAGCAGAGCUCAGGAGCUGAACACCCAGCUGGGACCCAAAGGGAGUGAAAAGGCCGUGGACCUGCUUGUAGAUCUGCACAACACUACCGCCAACAUGGGCCUGUGCCUCAUUUUUUACUCCGUAGAUUGGAUCACCCUGCACAUUUAUAAAUAUAUACAGAGUAAGAUGCCCUCAAUGCCUGUGAAAGCGAUCCAGCUGGACAUUCCCAUCUCCGAUGCUUACUCCCUGGAAUCGGUGGGAAAGCAUGGGUUCGCAAUAGAAGCCGGGCCUCAGCCCGGAGGGGUGCUCAGAGCUGACAUCUUCAACAUGGUGAAGGAAGCAGUGGAUCACACAAUAGCAUGGCUGGAGGAGUUCAAUUCUGGUUGCACUUUUGAGGGGGGUGAAGUGGAAGCAUAUACUUUCAUUAGAAGUGUUGACUACCCAAGAGACCAGGCCGGAGAAUUAACUGCUGCUAUCCACCCCAAGCUACAGGAUAAUGACUUCCAGCUUCUGCGGCCCGGGGAUCCCAUAUUCCUGACGUUUUCCGGGGAGACGGUGAAGCAUGAGGGAGAAGAGCUCUACCCCUUCUUUGUGAAUGAAUGCGCUUAUUAUGAGAAGAAAAUCGCAUUCCAUUUAGCUCGGAAGACCACUUUCACCUUUCCCUCCAUAUGCGUAGCAAAAGACUGA